AUGAAGAACAGCACUCAAAAUCCUGCCUAUUUUCAAUUUACACUUUUUACAGAUUAUGGACGUCUUCGAUAUCUGUUUUUUAUAUUGUCUUUGUUGAUCUACAUGAUGAUAAUCUCUGCUAACAUGGUCAUUAUAAUCACCAUUUUGAUGGAGAAGUCUUUGCACCAGCCAAUGUAUAUCUUUAUCUGCUGUUUAUCUGUGAACUCUCUGUACGGCUCUGCUGGAUUCUUCCCCAGGUUUUUGGUUGAUCUUUUGUCAGACACUCACUUCAUUUCACAUACUUCCUGUUUUAUCCAAAUAUAUGUGAUUUACACAUAUGCUUCUUGUGAGUUUACAAUACUUGGAGUCAUGGCUUACGACAGGUUUGUGGCCAUCUGUCAGCCUCUGCAUUAUCACACUAAAAUGACCAUAAGGAAAGCACUGUUUCUAUGGGGCGCUGCUGUUGUUUAUUCACUGAUUACAGUAGGUUACGCUAUAGCUCCUACUAGUGAACUGCCCAUAUGUCAUGACAAAAUAGAUAGGAUUUUCUGUGCAAAUAGGGCUGUUGUGAACAAUUCUUGUGGCGAUUCCACACCCAGUGAUAUAGUUGGUUAUUUAUCUGUCUUUAUAACAGUUUUCAUCCCUCUGUUUUUUGUGCUGUAUUCCUAUGUGCGUAUUCUCAUUGAGUGCAAAAGAGGUCGUGCUGAACUGAGAGGAAAAGCUCUGCAAACCUGUCUUCCACAUGUGGUGACUUUUGUGAUAUAUUCAUUUUCUCUUUUUAUUGAACUGGCCAUAGCAAAAUAUGAUACAAACCAAAUUAACCCAGUGAUCAGCGCUAUUCUGUCUUUGGAGUAUCUACUGGUGCCUUCCAUCAAUAACCCGCUCAUUUAUGGACUAAAGUUGCCUCAGAUCAGAACAGCCAUUUUCCGACAUUUUAAAAUCAGAGCUAAGAUCGUUUUUGCUUCUGUGUAG